AUGGCUGGUAACAUGCCCAUGCCACAUAGACAGUAUGACCCCUAUUCCAACUCAUACAAUCCGGGUUGGAGGGAUCAUCCAAAUCUGAGCUACGGGGGGAAUAAGCAACAAAAUUUCACCCUCAAUAGACAACAGGGCUUCCAGCAACAAUAUCAACCAAAGAAUCAACCCUCCUCUAACCCAGGUAUGUCCUUAGAAGAUAUGGUUAAAACCAUAGCCUCUAACACUAUGAAAUUUCAGCAGGACACUGAGGCCAGCAAUCAAGAAAUGAGGGCAUGUAUGCAAAAUUUGGAAAAUCAGAUGAGUCAAUUGGCCUCAAUUGUCAACCGACUGGACUCCCAGGGAAAGGGAAAACUUCCAUCCCAACCUGAGGUGAAUCCCAAGAAUGUAAGUGCAAUGACCCUUAGGAGUGGGAAAGAGGUUGAAGGACCAGCACCAGUGGCUCUGAAGGACAAGAAUGAGGACCGCAUUGAGAAGGAGCUUGAGGAAGAAGGAACGCCCGACACAAAUAAAGAGGUAAUACGUACCCCAGUGGUUCCAGUUAAGCCUAACCCACCACCUUUUCCUAGCAGGUUGGAAAGGCCUAAAAAGCAAGACAAGGGAAAGGAGAUUCUGGAGAUGUUUAGAAAGGUGGAGAUAAAUAUUCCCUUACUUGACGCAAUUAAGCAAGUACCCUGGUAUGCCAAAUUUUUGAAGGACCUAUGCAUCAAUAGGAAGAAAUUGAGGGGAGAUGAAAGGAUAAUUGUAAGAGAAAACGUAUCCGCGGUGCUUCAAAGAAAACUACCACCCAAGUGUGGAGACCCAGGUAUGUUCACUAUCCCUUGUAAAAUAGGGAACACUAGCAUUAGAAAUGCCAUGUUAGAUCUAGGAGCCUCUAUAAAUGUGAUGCCCAAGGCUAUUUAUGCUUCGCUAAAUUUGGGUCCCUUAAAGGAAACUGGCAUUAUAAUUCAAUUGGCUGAUAGAACUAAUGCUUAUCCCGAUGGGGUGAUAGAAGAUGUGUUAGUGCAAGUGAACAAUUUAGUGUUCCCUGCUGAUUUUUAUAUUCUUGAUAUGAGUGAUGAACAUUCUCCAAAUCCAUCACCAAUUUUGUUGGGGAGACCCUUCUUGAGCACUGCUCGUACAAAAAUUGAUGUUAGUGAGGGCACCCUAACGAUGGAAUUUGAUGGAGAAAUAGUUCAUUUUAAUAUAUUUGAGGCCAUGAGAUAUCCUUGUCAUUCUAAUGCUAUUUUCGCUGUGAGUGUAAUUGACCCUUUGGUGCAAGAAGUAUUUGAGAUUAAUGGCAGGGAUGAAUUGGAAACAGCAAUCACCAAACAUUUGGAUCUGGAAGCAACUUAUGAAAUGGAGUUAAAUGUCAGUUUGCAAAGAAUGGUUGGAGCCUUGCAUUCACUAGGCCGAAGUUCUCCAAGGUAUGAUGUCGCUCCUAUAUUCGUGCCUGAACCACACCUAAAGCUAUUACCUUCUAUCGUGCAGGCACCUGAAGUGGAGUUAAAACCUCUGCCCGAGCAUUUAAAGUAUGCCUAUCUAGGUGAAAAAGAGACGUUACCAGUGAUAAUCUCAUCCAAAUUAUCACCCAGGGAGGAGGAUAAGCUGCUACGGGUUCUAAGAGAGCAUAAGGAAGCUAUAAGUUGGACAAUUGCGGACAUAAAGGGUAUAAGCCCGUCUGUGUGCAUGCAUCGAAUUUGCCUGGAAGAGGAUGCUAGGCCGAUAAGACAACCACAAAGGAGAUUGAACCCCAUCAUGAUGGAAGUGGUCAAGAAAGAGGUAAUCAAGCUCCUGGACGUCGGAAUUAUUUUUUCUAUCUCAGAUAGCCCAUGGGUGAGUCCAGUACAAGUGGUGCCAAAGAAAGCGGGGGUAACUGUGGAAGAAAAUCAUGAAGGGGAUCUCGUUCCAAUUCGAAAGCCUACGAGGUAG